UAUGCUCAAGCCCCGCCCCACCCCGACUCUCGCUGCCCUUCCCAAGAUGGGGCGGGGCGCAGCCCGACGCGAUGGCGCCGCGCCCGGGAGUGGGCGGGGCUUCGCACAGCCAGCACAUGGUGGGCCCGGCUCUUCUUAAAGGGCCAGCGUCCCCGGGCAGCCCAGACCUGUCCGGAGCUGCAGCUGCCCCGCGCCCUCCCGCAGGCACCGGGCAGGCAUGGCCGUGGCGGAGCCGGCGCCGGUGGGCACGCUGGCGCGCUGGUACCUGUACGGCCUGCACGGCUACGCCUGCGAGGUGCUGGCGGCGGCCGCCACGGGCUUCUGGGAGCGGCGCGACUGGCGGCUGCGCGGCUACAGCAGCGCCUGGGCCGGGCCCCUGUACGCGACGCCCGCGCUGGCGCUGGAGACCCUGUACCCCCGGCUGCGCGGGCACUGCUGCCUGCCCUGCCGCUGCCUGCUCUACGCCCUCCUGCUCUACGCCUGGCGCCUGGCGGCCGGCGCCACCCUGCACGCGCUGGGCGCCUGCCCCUGGGACCCGCGCGGGCGCCAAGGGGUGCUGGAGCUCGGCCCGGCCUGCGUCCUGGGGGGGCUCCUGCUCGAGAAGCUGCUGGUGGAGCCCGCGCUGCGCCUGCGCCUGGCUCCGCGGUGCCCCCAGCCCCCUGCGCCGCCUGAACCCGUCUUCCAGCUCAAGGACGACUGAGGGGGGGAGGCUGAGACCCCCCGCGAUGCCCCAGGGACCCCCUGGACCCAGCCGGGAUGUGCAGUGCCUCGGCCGCUGACCCCCGCUAACAUCCAGGGCCCCCCCUAGACCCUCCUGGGCCUCCACCAGGCCUCUGAGACCCCCCACCAGGAUCCUUCCAGACCCCUUUUAGGACACCCCGCAGGUCCUAGCUGGGACACCCCUCCAGGGCUCUAAGACCCACCCCCAAGCCACAGCUGGGGCCUUGAGGCACCUGAGAUGCCCCAGGACCCCCCAACACCACAGCACAACCCCUCACUACCUCCCAGAUGCCCUGGGAUCCCCCAAGAUCCCUCCUGGGACCCCCUAAAGGCUCCCAGAUCCCUUCAGUCUCCUCCUCCCAAUAACCCCCCACCCUAUGAGACCCCCCCCCACCAAUUCCCAUAGCCUCUCCCCCUACAGCCCCUCCCAAGACCCCCUGGGUCUUUCUGACCCUGCCCCCCAGCAGCUGGGGAGGGGUCACAGGGGGAGGGGUGGGCUGUCCUGCACCCAGGAGCUCAACCCAGGGUUACUCACACUGGAGCUCCUGACCCACCUCCUUUAUACCAGGGGAAAAGGGGUAGGCCCUACAUGCCAGCCCCUCAUUGGCUGGGGUGCAGGAAGAGGUGGGGCCUCCAGGGGGUCAUCCCCCCCCAGGGAGCUGGCUCUGGUCCUAGGGCUUGGUUGGAGGCGCCCAGCCCUGGGGAGGAACCGCUGGGGAUUAAAUGGCUCCCACGUU